AUGGAUGGCACUGAGCUCUCCUUUCGGAUUGCCAUUCUAUUACAGAUCAGCCUCGGGGUUUCAGUGAACAUCUUCCUCCUCCUAUUUUAUAUCCGUGUGAUCUCUGCCACCCAUAACCCCAGCUCAUCUGACCUGAUCCUAGCUCAUCUGGCCUUCGCCAAUGCCAUCAUCCUCUUCACCAGUGGAAUCCCCGAGGCCAUGUCAGCUUGGGGGUGGAGAAACUUCUUAGAUGUCAUUGGAUGUAAAAUCCUCUUAUACUUCUACCGAGUGGCCCGGGGCCUUGCCAUCUGCACCACCUGCCUCCUGAGCAUCUUCCAGGCCGUUACCAUCAGCCCCGGCACCUAGCGUUGAGCAAGGGUCAAAGCCAAAUUACCCAAGUGCAUCCUCCCCUUUUGUCUCCUCUCCUGGAUCAGCAAUAUGUUAGUAGACGUUAACGUGCUGAUCUACAUGACCGGCCCCCAGAACGGCAGCAGCAUCUGGCUCAUACUGGACCUCAAAUACUGCUCGACCAUCAGUGCCAGUCCCGCGGCUACCUUGGCCGUGGCGGCUGUGAUUUCCUUCCGGGAUCUCUUCUUCGUGGGGCUCAUGAGUGCGGCCAGUGGCUACAUGGUGUUUGUCCUGUACAGGCACCACCGGCAGGUCCGGCACCUCCACAGGCCUGGACGCUCUCCCAGAGAGAUGCCUGAGGUCAGAGCAGCCAAGAGAAUCAUUGCCCUGGUCACCUUCUAUGUCCUCCUGUAUGGGAGGCAGGCCAUAAUGCUGAGCAUUUUAGUGAAUAUGAGAGAGAAAUCUCCUCUGCUGGUGAACAGCCACAUGGUGUUAACAUUCAGCUUCUCGGUCAUCAGUCCUUUCCUGAUUAUCUACAGUGACAGGAGGAUGAGAACGUUCUGGAAAAGGGGGUCUCCUGAGUCUAUCCUGGAUCCCUCCUAG